AUGAGUCGUAGAAGAGUACACGAAGAAGAUGAUGGCUACGAACGAGUAUAUAAGAAACGCAGGAGGGUAUCAGAGAAUCAAGAGAUUGAAGAUCGUCUUGAAUCUCUCAUCCUCCGUGUUGGAGAGAAAUCGACAUCAUCUUUGGAAAGUAACUUGGAAGGUUUAGCUUCUGUAUUGGAAGCUGAUUUAGGUUUAUUUCGUAGUAAGAUUCUACGAAUUUUAACAGACUGCGCUAUUAAGAUGCCAGAGAAAUGCACAAUUUAUACUACUUUGGUUGGACUGCUAAAUGCAAAAAAUUUUAAUUUUGGUGGAGAAUUUGUCGAUUACAUGGUGAAAAAUUUCAAGGAUUCCUUGAAAGCAUGUAAAUGGGACGUGGCCAGAUAUUCUCUUAGAUUUUUGGCUGAUUUAGUAAACUGUCAUGUUUUAUCAUGUGGAUCUUUGAUGCAAUUAUUUGACAAUAUGCUUGAUGCUGCAAAUGAAGAUGGUGUACCACAAGUAAGACGUGAUUGGUAUGUUUAUGCCGUUCUAUCAACGUUGCCAUGGGUUGGAAGAGAAUUAUAUGAGAAAAAAGAACAAGAAUUGGAUCACCUAAUGGUUACAAUAGAGGUAUUUUUGAAUAAACGAAGCAAGAAACAUCAGCCAGCAUUGAGAAUUUGGUCGAGCGAUACACCUCAUCCACAAGAAGAAUAUCUAGAUUGCUUAUGGGCACAAGUUCGCAAAUUGAGACAAGAUAAUUGGGCCGAGAAACAUAUUCCACGACCAUAUCUCGCAUUUGAUUCAAUUUUGUGCGAAGCGUUGCAGCAUAAUUUACCGCCUUUGAUGCCACCUCCACAUCAUGAAUCUUACUCUUAUCCAUUACCUACUGUCGUCUUUCGUAUGUUUGAUUAUACAGAUUGUCCUGCCGAAGGACCAUUAUUACCAGGAAGUCAUGCUAUUGAGAGAUUUCUAAUAGAAGAACACUUGCGACAAAUCAUUAACAACUAUUAUUUUGAGAGGAAAGAUUGUGCUGCACAAUUACUGAAUUUUCCAUUCAAAGCCAAAAUUCCUCUGGACUAUUGUAUUGUCGAAGUAAUAUUUGGUGAACUAUUUAGGCUACCUUCUCCAAAACAUUUAGAGAUUUGUUAUGGAUCAAUUUUGAUAGAACUUUGCAAGUUGCAACCUUCAACUAUGCCACAGGUAUUAGCACAAGCGACAGAAAUUCUAUUUCGUCGUAUAGAUAGCAUGGCAGCCACUGCUUUUGACCGAUUUGUUUGGUGGUUUGCAUAUCACCUUAGCAAUUUUCAAUUUCGUUGGUCAUGGGAAGAUUGGGAUUCAUGUUUACAACGUGAUCCAGAACAUCCAAGGCCCAAAUUUAUACGAGAAGUCCUACUUAAAGCUCUGAGGUUGUCUUAUUAUCAAAGGAUUCGAGAUAUGAUGCCAGACUCAUAUGUAGAACUGAUCCCAGUAGCUCCUGAUCCUGUAUACAAAUAUUCAUCUGAAGGAGCUAGUUCGCUCCCUGGUACAGCUGCUGCACAUGAAUUGGUGGUUUCUAUAAGACGUAAAUGUACACCAGAAGAAGUAUUGAAUGUAUUAAACACAUUGCCUGGUCCUAGGGAAAAUGAAGAGACAAAUAAUUACAAUCCUUUAAAAAUUGACGUUUUUGUACAAACAUUAUUAAAUCUGGGUUCAAAAAGUUUUAGUCACAGUUUUGCAGCUAUAGUCAAGUUUCAUUAUGUUUUUAAGGUUCUUGCUGAAACUGAAGAAGCUCAGAUAUGUAUAUUAAGAAACAUGUAUGCAUUGUGGAAAAAUCAUUAUCAAAUGAUGGUAGUGUUGACUGACAAGUUUUUAAAAACUGGUAUUAUUGAAUGUAGUGCUAUCGCCAACUGGAUAUUUUCUAAAGAAAUGACAUCAGAAUUUACAAAGUUAUAUAUUUGGGAGAUAUUACAUUUAACAAUACGCAAAAUGAAUAAGCAUGUGACAAAGUUGAGUACAGAAUUAUCAGAAGCGAGAGAAAAAUUAAGGAGAGCAGAAAGUAGAUCGGGCUCUUCCUCGGAUGAUGAAGACAAUAAUAAAGAAAAAAAUAGAGAACGGCCAUCAGAAGAUGUAGUAGAACGAAUGGAAGAAAAAUUGGAAGCUGCACAAGCAGAUCAGAAAAAUUUAUUCCUUAUUAUAUUUCAGCGAUUUAUAAUGAUUCUCUCAGAACAUUUAGUGCGCUGUGAUACAGAUGGAAUUGAUUACAAUACACAUUGGUAUAAAUGGACUAUAGGAAGAUUACAACAAGUUUUUUUAUCUCAUCAGGAACAAGUACAAAAGUAUUCCUCCACUUUGGAAACUUUGUUGUUUACUCCAGAUUUGGAUCCUCAUAUUUUAGAUGUGUUCCAUCAAUUUGUUUCUUUAAGAGCAUGAAAGUAUAUUUAUAUAUUGAGAUAUAUUUAAGCCAGUAUAUAAGUUACAUUAAAAAAACACAGUUUUAGAAUUAUGUAAUUUGUGCUACUUUAUCUGAUUAUAUUUUCCAGAUAGAUACUUUAUCAAUUAUUGAGAGUUUAAAUGUUUAUGAUUAA